AUGCCCAUUUUUCGGUAUUUGCUGAUAGCGUCUAUAUCGCACACGCUUUCUUUGUUUGCUUGGCAAGUUGCUGCUUUGGCACCGAUGUCGCCUUCUGAGUAUUUUCUGCUCCGUUCCUUAAUCGAAAUCGGAAGUAGUGUCUUUCUUGCAAUUAAACAAACAGCAGGUCUCAGGAAGUACCGACUGCGCAAAAGCUGUGAUUGGAGGCGCUUUCGUUUGCCUCGGACUGCAGCUCUCGACGAGAACUAUCCAUUCCGUUGA